AUGGAACGAAGGACAGGGGAGCAGGAGCGGCUCAGGAGGGGCAUGCAUGAGACCCCGGCCAGCAAGGUGCCCCGGCGCGUGAAGCCUGGGCCCACGGUGUGUGAUGCCUGGCCUCCGUCCCGACGAGAUGAAGCUCUUUGGCACAAUGGGGACGUGCUUGGUAACCUUUCCUUCAUUCCUCUCACUGUGUUCUCGACGACGUACAUCAUUAACUGCACCAAUGGCUUUCCUGUGUGA